GGAAGAUUUUGACACCGGAAGUUAUUCUCCUUCACGCAGGGUAGCUAGGAGGGCCGCUAACUACCGGUACCCAGUCUCAUAUUUAUUUUGCUCAGGCCUCGACAUGAGGUGCUAAACGCAUACAGGUUACCGGUAGUACCUUUAUUUAUAAUGUCGAUAAGUUAAGUCUGGAAUUCUUGGCAGCAGAGAGUUGGAGCUGUCUGCCGAUCGUUGGCAAGUUUCUUCCCGCCUUGCCCAACUCUUUUUGGAUACAAUGCUCGCUUGAGAAUGACACUCGAUCGUAUAAAAAAGGCAGGACGGUAGUAACUCGUUGGCGAAGAUUUGGACUCUGUCGGGUUCACUUUGGCUAAGGGCGUAAGGAAGCCCGCCGGAGCAGACGUCGGCUGUCCACAAGCACUUUAGGAUGGUCUUCCACGCGACGAGCACGCGCGUGCUCUUUCUGGGCUUCACCGCCUUUGUCGCCAUUUCCAUGUACAUCCUCGUCAUCACGCACCACGUGAAGUUGCCGCAGGUCGAAUAUUCCGCCCAUUCCCGCGACAAGGUGGCAAUGGAGGCGCUUCACCACGUGCUGCUAGAGGACUUUGCAAAGUACGACACGGAUGGUGACUCGAAGCUUUCCGUACAAGAGUUUUCCGCCAUGCUACAUGAGAGCAAUAACCAACUGAAGCAGUUGCAACAACAACAAGCCGAAAGCCUGCAUGGCGCGAUCAUGGCGGCGGUUAAGCAGGAACAGCAGCAGCGGCCGGGUGUUGACGGGCAGAAGCAGCAGGAGGGAAUUAGUAUUCGUACCAAUGACGGGGAGUACGACGAUGUGGAGGAAUCGUACGGCGGUGGCGAUUUAGACGGGGAUUACGUGGCGGAAGACGAGAAGACGACGGUAGCUACAGGGGCUAACAAACAGCAGCAGCAGCAACCGAAGCAGGAGCAACAGAAGCAGCAGGUGCAGGGUCAGCAACAACAGGCGGCUGUAGCGCCCUCUCCUUCACCGCAGGCGGCAGCGGCAGUCACGAGUGGCAGCAGCAGCACCGGCACCAGCAGUAAUGGUACUGCCACUGCCACAUCCAGCAGCAACAGCACCCCCGGCGGCGGCUGCCCGCACCUGUCCCGGGAGCACGUGGCGCAGUUCGCUCGGAACAACACCAUCAUGCUGACCGUGGCGGACUGGCGCAUCUUUGGAACCAUGGGAAUCAACUGGAUGAAGCACCUGGCCAAGUGGGGGGUGGACUACUACCUGGUGGGGGCCACGGAUGCAAAGACGUCGCAGUUCCUGGGCCACACCGGUAAGCACCCCUGCUUUAAGUUUUAUGAGGAGGGGGCGAGCCAAGGCAGCGACGAGUACAGGUACGGCGACUCGCACUACAACGCCGCCACCUGGCGCAAGGUCGUGGUGGUGAGCCGCAUGGUGCACUGGGGCUUCAAUGUCAUCCACUCGGACGUGGACGUCGUGUGGUUCAGGGACCCGCUGCCCUACUUCCUGGGUCCCAAGCUGGCGAAUGUGGACAUGGCGGUGUCGUCAGACCUGAUCAGCACCCAGAACCCCCCGGGCGAUGAUGGGCUGGAGGUGGGUAUGCACCAGCACACCAACUUCAACACGGGGGUCUACUUUGUCAAGUCAACGCCAGGCGGCAAGUCCUUCAUGGCUGGGUGGGCCGCCAUGCGUGGUACCAACAUCAACGAGAACGACCAGGUUGGAGUGUACAGCUUUAUCCGGAACCGCCCCGCCUUCCCCGAGCAGCGUGUGCUGGUGCUGCGGCACAACACGGGCGAGAUGGAGGCGGCCAGGCAGUUCGCAGCGGACCCGGACAAGUUUGUGAGAGUGCGGAAGGAGGACCCCCUGCCGGUGGCUACUGAGAUGCGGCUGGGCGCCCUGGGCGUGCACAUGCUGCUCAACGGCUACAGCUACUUCAUUCCCAAGCUCCACGAGAGCAUGAACAUCACCCCCCUCGGCAUCCACAUGACAUGGGUGCCGCUCAGCAAGGAGGGCAAGUUCCACCGCUUCCGUGAUGGCAUGUUAUACGACGACCCCCCGGAGUAUUAUGAUUCGCCCGACACCAAGUACCUGACAGCGGACAUUGAGGCCCCUGACGCGCCCUCGGGCUACAACACCUGGCGGGAAACCGAGGAUAUGAUCCAGGUGCACCUUAAGAACAUGCCGCCGCAACUGCGCCAGGUCUACCGUGCAAUUGCCGCCGCGCUGGCUCUCAACCGCACCCUCAUCUUCCCGCGGCUGCGCUGCUACUGCUUCAAGAACUGGUUCAUGAGCGAGCAGUGCCGCAUACCGGGGGACAAAGUGACCAAGUUCCCACUCGAUUGCGCCCUAGACCAGGUGUUCCGCCCCAAGGUGUUGUACAACUACCCGCCCCUGCAAACCAGGAACGGACUGCAGAACUUCACAUUCCGUGAGUACAGCCUACUGGACAACCCCCGCACCCCGCCUGCGGUUCGGAACGGACAGGUGUUGGUUGUCCCCGAGGGCGCAGACGCGGGCAACACCACCGGCUUUGUGGGAGUGGUGCGCGUGCGGCCGGGCUUGAUGCAGGACGAGCUGCUGAAGGCGCUUGAGGAGGUCAAGGACGCCAAGGUGAUCCGGUUGCGUCGCCCGAUUGAUAUAUUCGGAGGUUUCAGCGAUGAGAUUUUGGCUGCCUCCGUGUCCCAGUUCGCUGAGAAGGUGACCGCCAACUGGUGCUGCCGCGACGAGCCGUACAUCAAGAAGGGGAUGGACAGGAAGGUCAAGAUGCGGAUGGACUGGUAGCUAAAGAGAGAGGAGGGGUGCAGGAGCAACACGGGAAGGGGAGGGGAGAAUGAAGGACGUAUGACAGCUAAGGUUGUGGGAGAAGAUUGGAAGUUAAGGGGCGGACUACUGGUUGGAGGAUUAGGGAGUGGAAGGAGGGGGGGCAACAGAGGAGUAGCAGCAAAGAGCAGUAAGGGUAACGUUGACCAGGGCGCGGCAAUAGGGGGUUUAGGAGAACGGACAAUGAGGGCACCUGCAAUUCGGCGGGUGUCAAAGAAGCAUUUGUGCCUUUCGAACAUGUCUAUGGCAGCUUGCUUGCCCAUGGGUUGUUUGGUUCUUUGGUUUGUGAUCUGGACUGCUACGGGCAUCCAUCACCAUGUAGCUAGCUCCCACCGUGUCCCCCUUAGUGUAUUGUUUCAGCCACAACGCGUGCCAUUCACAUUACAGACCAUGCAUGCGCGGGUUGGUGCAUCCUCCUAGGACGGACACACGGACAUGGGUAAUGCCCCCCGAAGCCGCUUCGUGGCGGGGGCUCCGCCCAAAAGGGCUCGCACGAUGCAUACUGCGUAAGUCAGGAUAGCUAGGGUCUUUCAUUAGGACAUUGCUGUGGCGCCACCCCGGUGUAAGCUGUGGGCCGCGAUCCGGCUAGUGUCAAUAUCCA